ACGAGUGGAUAGUGGAAGAUACCGUCGGAAGUCAAUUGAAAAAAAAAAGUCAGAAAUUUGCUGUUGAAAUUUGCUAAAGCGUUACGUAGGGAAUGUUAAGUGUAACGUAAACGACAUGUAAUGGAAUUUGUAUUCUCACAGCCUGAUUAGAAAGCAAUGCAAGCCAGCAGUAUCUUGAAAGUAAAUGUCAACACAAACGUAUCCUAUGUCAAACUAUGUUUCGUAAAGCAUUUCAGCUGAUAACAGUGACGGUGAUACGUUUGAAACAGUGGGAUUGGCCGAAAGACAAGGUGUAAGCGAGUGGCUGUGUAAAAGCCGAUGUAAAACUAAGUACUGUGUGUACUAAAUGAAGGAAGACGUAAAUGUAGAGAGAUCUGGAUAUGUUUAUGGUGUAAACGGUUCCUGAAAGGAGUAUUGGAUUUAUUGAGAAUGUCUGACUCUGCUUCUCCUGGCUACCAUCAGUUAAGUGUCACAAUUGAAUGUGCUCAUCUUCGUGGAAACAGUAGCUUCUUGAAACCUAAUCCCUAUGUAGAGCUCUCUGUCGAUGAGAAGUCUCCAAGAAAGACAGAAGUAGUGAGAAACACAUAUCAACCAAGGUGGAAUGAAGAGUUCACAGUGUUGGUUACUCCUCAGUCACAGCUUCACUUUAGGCUUUUGGAUCACAGCACAUUUCGUAAAGAUGCAGUCAUAGGAGAGAAGCAGCUCAGUCUUUUUGAAAUCCUUACACACUACAAUGGAAAAUGUGAGAAUUUAGAACUUACUGUAGACAUGAUGAGUGAAACUAAACAUGAUACCCAACCGGUAAAAGUAGGUGAUCUUGUCAUGGUUUUAAAUGGCAUGCGUGUUGAUAUGAGUACUCAACUAGCCAAUGUUCAGCAAGAAAACCACACAAGGAGUCUUACAACUGCAUCAACAGGGCAACCAAAUAAUGAUCCAUCUGGAGCAAACAGGAGUAUUCUCAAUGGUGGUGUACGUGCAAGAACUCGUCAGCAAGGGAGCGAGAAUCCUUUGGCUGGGUCAUCAAGUAGAAGCAGUACUCAUUCAGUUUCAGGUUCCAAUUCAAUUACUCCAGCAAGCCCUCCACCAGCAGCCACAAUAAAUGGAACAUCAGUGCAAAUACCAUCUGGCAGUGCAUCUGUUUCGGGAGCACCUGCACUGUCAGCGGUACCAUCACUCCCCACCAUGAAUGGUGUGCCAGCAAUUAAUGGCAUGCCUAGUCCUAAUCCUGUUGGUGUACCACUUGGACAGCCAGCAAAUGGUGGCGUUGAAGCACCCACACAGAGGGGUCAAGCUGUAGGAGUUGAAGAGCCAUUACCUGCAGGGUGGGAAAUGAGGUACGAUGUGUACGGUCGGCGUUACUACGUUGAUCACAACACACGCAGCACUUCUUGGGAGCGUCCGCAGCCUUUACCCCCAGGUUGGGAAAUCCGAAGAGAUCCUCGAGGUCGUAUAUACUAUGUAGAUCACAAUACACGCACCACAACCUGGCAGCGACCGAACUCAGAGAGGCUGCAGCAUUUUCAGCAUUGGCAAGGAGAGCGCGCACAUGUUGUGCAGCAAGGCAAUCAGCGCUUUCUUUAUCCCCAGCAUACAUCAGGUGCGGCAUCAACAGUUGAUUCAGAAGAAGACAAUCUUGGUCCUCUUCCAGCUGGAUGGGAGAAAAGGGUGCAACCUGAUGGUCGUUGCUACUUUGUCAACCACAAGAACCGCACUACUCAGUGGGAGGAUCCUCGUACUCAAGGACAGGAAGUUGGAGCUGAUGAAGCGGCUCUCCCACCAGGUUGGGAAAUUCGAUUAACGGAAGAUGGUGUCCGUUACUUUGUUGAUCAUAACACAAGAACAACAACAUUCCAAGACCCUCGACCUGGAGCUCCAAAGGGGCCAAAAGGUGUAUAUGGUGUGCCCAAGGCAUAUGAAAGAUCUUUCAGGUGGAAACUUGGACAGUUUCGGUACCUGUGUCAAAGCAAUGCACUUCCUAGUCAUAUCAAAAUAACAGUAACUCGCCAAACAUUAUUCGAAGAUUCUUAUCAUCAGAUUAUGAGGCUACCUGCUUAUGAACUCAGAAGACGACUUUACAUUAUUUUUAGAGGAGAAGAAGGUCUUGAUUAUGGUGGCGUUUCCAGAGAAUGGUUCUUUUUGUUGUCACAUGAAGUACUGAAUCCAAUGUAUUGUCUUUUUGAAUAUGCAAACAAGAACAAUUACAGUCUACAAAUAAAUCCAGCUUCAUAUGUAAAUCCAGAUCACUUACUAUACUUCAAAUUUAUUGGUCGUUUCAUAGCAAUGGCUCUUUAUCAUGGACGUUUCAUUUAUUCUGGAUUUACAAUGCCAUUUUAUAAGAGAAUGUUAAAUAAAAAGUUGACAAUGAAGGACAUUGAAUCAAUAGACCCAGAAUUCUACAAUUCACUUGUUUGGAUUAAAGAUAACAACAUUGAAGAAUGUGGCCUAGAACUCUAUUUCAGUGUCGAUUUUGAAAUUUUGGGUCAAGUAAUACACCAUGAACUGAAAGAAAAUGGUGACAAGAUCCGUGUUGUUGAAGAAAAUAAAGAAGAAUACAUGAGGCUGAUGACAGAAUGGAGAAUGACACGUGGCAUUGAAGAACAGACCAAAGCAUUCCUGGAUGGUUUCAGUGAAGUGGUACCUCUUGAAUGGUUAAAAUAUUUUGAUGAACGUGAACUGGAGCUGAUGCUCUGUGGUAUGCAGGAAAUUGAUGUGGAUGAUUGGCAACGUAAUUCAAUUUAUCGGCAUUAUACCAGAAACAGCAAACAAGUUGUAUGGUUUUGGCAGUUCGUCAGAACAACAGACAAUGAGAAACGGGCAAGACUGCUUCAGUUUGUCACUGGUACCUGUAGAGUUCCUGUUGGAGGUUUUGCUGAACUCAUGGGGAGUAAUGGUCCACAGAGAUUCUGUAUUGAAAAGGUAGGCAAGGAAACAUGGCUGCCAAGAUCUCACACUUGCUUUAAUCGACUUGAUCUCCCGCCAUAUAAGAGUUAUGAUCAACUUGUUGAAAAACUGAAUUAUGCUAUUGAAGAAACUGAAGGUUUUGGACAGGAAUAGUAAAAGUGCCUACAGUGCUACAAAAUGUCCAAUUUAAACCCGGUACCAAAAUAAUUUUGAUGAUACAUGCGUGCACAGUUAUGUCCAUGCAAUACUAUCAUGUUGUUGCAUAUUUUAUGACUUUGUAAUAUUGUAUAAUGUAUAAUUAAUUGUCCAGAGGUGUACAGAGAGUAAAAUGUCAAAUGUUAAAUAUGUGGAGACUAUAAUUAAAUCUUUUACAUAAAAGUGUACCUGCUGUGUGUGUGUGUGUGUGUGUGUGUGUGUGUGUGUGUGUGUGUGUGUGUGUGUGUGUAAAUAAGUGUGUAACUAUUGAUGAUUGCUGUGUGUACAGAUUGAUAUAAUGUAAAAUAUUCCAGUGAUGCAUUUUAAGAUGAAAGAACUGUUACUUGAUUCUGUGAUUAUUGCACUGAUAUAUAUUAGCCAGAUGUUGUAACAUAUUUUCAUGUGUAGAUAGUGAUAAGGUUUCCCAUAUAAAUAUGAACAUAUGAAAUAUCUGUUGUACAUUACUAAAAAAUGAACAUUUUAAAUGAUAAAAAUUUGUGAAUAUUAUUAAUAUCAGGUUAAUAAAAAGUGCCUUUCAGUUUCGGCUGGUACUGAAAGCAGUCGUUUGUACUUUACAUUUAGUGUAUUAUUUGCAGUGACUCCUUUGCACUUCAUUCCUGUCACUUGCACAACUUUUGGAAAUUUUUGUGUUAGGAUAAUUUUAUAGGUAAUGUUCACAGAUUGGUAUUAUUUGCAGUAGAAAAGAUAUAUUGAAUGUAUAGGAUUUCAUCUACUCAAAGAUUGUAAAUUUAAUUCCUUAAUCAUUGAUUAGUACUGAGCAUAUAUAUAUUCAUAGCACACUACUGUUCAUUGAGUUGGCUCAGGGUUGUAUUGCCAUCUUAGAAAAAGAAGGGAGGAGGGAGUGACUGUAGAAUAUUUUGAAGUAUAGCCCAUUGAAGCUCAUCUGCUGUAACCAUAUAGAAGAAUAUAACAUGUAUUUUAUGCCAAGAGCUUGAAAAAUAAUGUUUGUCUCAUAUGUGAAAGGUCAGUGACUUGUAAUCUUUAGCCUGGUCCCUCAGAGGUACAAUUAUAAUUAUUAUUGUAACAACUUAAAUAUUUGUGUUAAAGUUUCAGACUAAUUUGUUAUCAAACAAAGUAAUGAAUUUUGAGUUGGUUGUAUUACAUGGUUACAUGGGUUUUGUUGACCAGUACUUCUUUCACAGCCUGGGAAAGUGCAAUUUGAGUCUUGGUGGGCGGCAGUGGAGGUGGGAUCUUUAUUCACAUCAUUCCAAAUUUUCACUUGUGGUGCUAUUUUAUAAGAGUUCAACAUCCAAAUAAUAGAAGUCAUAAUAUAUAGACAUCCUCAGUUCUUUGACUUUUGAGUUCUGUAAAUAAUGGAUUUUAGUGCUUAAUACUAGAAACUAAAAGGCAAGCAAAUUGGUAUGAAAGCAAUAUAUGUUCUGUAAUGAUUAUUAAGGAUUUAUAUUGAUUCAGUGAUGACAUUUUUGCAACUUAGAAUCAGAUAAAUUAUUUUAAUGAUAGUGCUUCUUCAUAGGAUGUUGCACCCAAUUUUGUGUCACUUUUAUACUUUGAUAGACAAGAAAAUUGGAGGUAGUAUGCCUGUGGUUUCUGUUUUUUCCCCCCACAAGGCUAUAUAUGAACAUCCACACACAUUACCAUAUUUACAUCAUCUUAAAAUUUUGACAUUUACCUAUACAACUUAUUGAACAUAAUUUGAAAAAUAGGAAAAAUCAUUUCACAUAAUUACUCAGGAACAGUCUGAUUUUACCAAGCCUUUUCGUCCUUGUUCACUGUUGUUGAGGAGUUCCUGAAUAUAAUAUUUCAGAAAGAAAACAGCGUAGCUUUGGUGUUCACUACUAUGUUCUUAUGAGGUAAUUGUGUUUAAAGUACAGAAUGUAGCACACAGUAUCUGUUUUCUGUCCAGUUCUCAGGUUAUUACAUUUCUGCCAUUCAUUAAGUAGAUACUCCUCUUUUGUGACCCAAAAGAACAUCAGAUGAUUUGUUUUUGACUAGGAACUCGUUGUCGAUGGUCUUGAAAGGUAUACACAUUGCUCUGUGGCACUCUGUUGCAAAACAUCCACAAAGUGGCUCAUGUGCGUUCUUACUCGUGGUACACUUCUGAGUCUUUUUUUUGUCUUGUGGGAUUUUGUUGGGGCUACUCAGUUCAUGCACCUGAGUAGGCCUUCUUUUCAAAGAGGGUACCAUAACUAGCAUAGCUUUUUCUGCAUCACAUAACAGUCCAUAAGGUCACAGCAAAUGUUUCUUAAGUCUUCUUUAGGUUGAGCCUAUCUUUUGAAUACCCAUUUUACAUAAACUUUUAAGUCAUACUUCCUCCACAAGUCGUCCAUAAGGAUCAAACUUCAUUCCACCGAGCAAGAUAGCUCAGUAGUUAGUACACUGGAAUCGCAUUUGGGAGGAUGGUGAUUCAAAUCUGCAUCUGGCCAUCGUAAUUUAGGUUUUCCGUAAUUUCCUUAAAUCGUUUAAAGCAAAUGCCAGGAUGGUACCUUUAGUAGGUAAUGGCUGAUUUCCUUCCCCAUCCUACCUUAACACGAGCUUGUGCUCAGUCUCUAAUGACCGCACUGUCGUUGGGAUGUUAAAACACUAAUCUCCUCCUCCUCCUCCUCCUCCUCCUUCUCCAACCUUCAUCCAACAUUAUUGGCAGGCUAUGCAGUGUCAAAACUCACUGAACUUAGUGGACAUCUGAUCUGGUGUGUAUUAUUAACAAGCUAUAAUUCUUCUUCUUUUUCUUCAUCCAAAUUUCCAGGAUGGUUUCUCUUUGUAGCCUAUGAUUAAUUUCAUCAUCAUCUGUACAAUUUACAAUUGCGCUUGCGAUUUCUCUCCAGUUACAGGAUGUGUAACUACACAUCAUCUGUUUGUACUUUAUUCUCUUGUAAGACAUUGUUUCAGCUAUUAUUACCUUUGUGUUGGUAGGACUUUCAAUUAUAAUUAGCCUUUUUUGAAUUCACUUACAAAUUUUAUGAAAGGACAAUAUGUCAAUGUCGGUAUUUUGUAUAAUGCUAUAAUGGUGUCAUUUAUGAAAUGGUAAAGCAUUUAGCUCCUAAGUAGGGUUCAAGUAAAUUUAAAUAGAAGUGCAAAAUUCAAAACCUACAUAUUUCUUCAUUAUUUCAAGAGAAGAAAAAUUGGAUGUAAUCAUUUUUUGCUUAGCUUAACACAUUCUCAAUGUAUGCAAAAAGUAUAUUAAAACAUCAAAUCUAUGAAUGAUUUACACGCAUCAGAAAUUCUGGCCAAGCUUGUAAAACACAUCUUUAAGUACAAGGUUCUGUUCUGGAGACCUUGUUGCCUUACAUCUGACUAACUGGAUUUCUGCAAUGGUUGUUGCAUGUAAAUAUACAGUUUAGUCACCCUGUUUGAGGCUGUCUUCAGUGCAUCCAGCCUUAACAAUUAGUAUGUAUGUGUGUGUGUGUGUGGGGGG